ACUCUCUUUUCUCUUUCAUCUCAAAGUGGGAUUUCAUUUCAUAUAACCCAAAGAUUAAAAGAGAAGAAACACGAAAGAAAAUAGAUACCAUCCAUGUUGAGAUAUCUGAGCUUUUUUUGUGUGUUCUUUCUCUUCUCCUCAUUGUCCACUCUAACAGAAGCUCGUGAUCAUUCAAAUUUCAAUGCCAAUAUCGCCGUCAAGUGGGAUCUUAUGAACUGGACUCCCGAUGGUUAUGUUGCUGUGGUAACAAUCUACAACUUCCAAGAACAUCGUAAUAUUCAAGCACCAGGAUGGAGAUUAGGUUGGACUUGGGCCAAACACGAGGUGUUGUGGAGUACAGUGGGAGGGCAAGCAAUAAACCAAGGAAAUUGUUCACAUUUCAAAGGAAACAUCCCAGUAAGUUGUAUGAAAACUCCCACUAUUGUAGAUUUGAAGCCAAAUACUCCCUACAACCAACAAAUUGAGAAUUGUUGCCGAGGAGGUUUGCUCUCUGCAUGGUCUAAUAAACAUCGUCGAACUACUUACAUAAGUGCCUUCCAAGUUUCAGUCGGCCAAGCAGGGACUAGUAAUAGAACUGUCAAAUUGCCUAAGAAUUUCACAUUCAAGGCACCAAGAGAUCGUUACACUUGCGGACCUGCAAAGGUGGUCCGUCCUACUAAAUUUUUAACCAUGGAUAAAAGAAGAACUACUCAAGCUUUAAUGACAUGGAAGAUUACAUGCACAUAUUCGAGAAAUCGCAGAAAUAUAUAAUGUGGAGGAUUUCCUUCUAUAGUCACUUGAAAAUUGUGUGUUAUGGCUUUUGCCCCAUACAAUAAGAGCAAAGACACGUUUUUAUGCAGGAUGUUGUGUAUCUUAAUUUUGUAUUCUUCAAAUUUUCUUGCUUCAUUACUGUUAGAAAUAGAAAAAGGGUGAAGAAGAUGAAUACUAUGAAUGACAAAUCUUCUAGGCGUGUGUAGACACUUUCCCAAAAGUGAUAUUCCGACCCUAUACGAAGUACGGGUUGCACGGAAUUC